AACCUUUCUCUUCAGAAACAGAGAAAAAGAGAAUUAUCUUCUCUCCUCUUUCAUGGUUUCAUUACAUUACAUUACAUUUCCUUUCUUUCUCUUUCAGGUUUUUUUUUGGUCCCAAGCCUAAAGUGAUCUGAUUCAUUUUCAUUUAUUUUCUCUAACAUAUCUUCUCUUGCAUCUAUCUGCAUCAAGUUUUUAGUUGUUGGGAGUCUUGGGAAUUGUUUUUGUUUUCUUUUCUUUUUUAAUAUCUUGAUUGUGAUCUGGUUAAGACAGUUAGGGGCUCUGGGGAGAAACAAGUGGAAAGUGGAGGUUUUUCUUUUCUUAUGGUGGAAUGCUUUUUUGUCUUAUUUGUCUCCUGGACACGUUUCUCACGCGGAAAGACUAAUAUCUUUCCAAGAUUGGCUGCCUUAUUUGCUGUUAUCAGUUUCCCCGAUUGGCAAUCUUAGUGAUUAUUAGUGGUGCUGCACUAUCUUAUAACCAUCAUUUCUGUGAGGAAAUGGUGCAGAGAUGGAGACCAAAGGACCGUGUGAAACAUCAUUUCAAGAGUCAUUUAUUCAAGGAUGAAAGAUCUGAUAUCAUAUAAGGCAUUUGUUCCAUUCUUUUGAGGAAAAUAUGUUGACACUAGGAGAUAUUGAUUUGAAUUCAAUGCAACGAUACACUGAUUCACUUAAAGAUAUUUUCAAGCAGACGAUGCUCAACCAAGAGAUCAUAUUCAGAAAGCAGGUCCAUGAACUCCAUCGCUUAUAUAGUGUUCAGAAGACUCUAAUGAAGGAUCUUGCCCUUCUGGAGCUGGAAAAGUACAAUUCAUGGAAAGCAAAUGCACAAUCAUUGCCCCAAGAAACCAGAUUCCCCACAAAUUCAGUUCCCAUGGUGGGGUCAACAGUAUCUUUAAGUCAGGAGUUGUUAGGAGGGUGGAGGUGCAAAUACCAUAAGUUUCAGCGAAGGCCUUUUGAUCUUCAACUUCUACCUGAUCAGUAUGUUAGUCUUGGUGAUAAUAAUAUUCCAAAUAAAGGAAAACUUGGGGAUUACUUAAAAGAAACCAAGGAUGUAAAUUCUCUUCAUGGUUAUGAUUUCUCAGAUCCUCUGGAGUUGAGGCUUUCUUUGAGCCUUGGAGCAGCCAAGGGGAAAAAGGAAGAUAAACAGAGAAGUUGUAAUGACAAGAAAACUAUUACCUGCUCUGGAAUUGUCAUUGACUUGGAAGAAUCUACUGAGAAGACCUCAGAUGGGGAUGCAAAACAUCCUCCUUUAGAUUUUGCUGCUGAAGUUACAUAUUCCGAAGGAAAGCAUGAUUCACAAGUUGCUAUAACCUCUGAUGCAAUCACUUCAAAAAGGACAAAGAAAGAUCUAUCUAGUGAGAUUGCAGAGAGUAGCUCCUCUGUUGGGGAUAGCAAAUGCUGCCAAGACUGGAGCUAUUUUGAUCAAGGAUUGAAAUGCCAUGCAAAUAUGCCACAUGAAAACUUUUUUACUGGAGAACGCCAGUUCAUAUCAAAUGGAGUGGGACAUUUAGACCUUAAUGUAGCUCAGCUUGAGGAUCGGUCUUGUCACUCAAAUGAUGCAGUAGUGGCCCUUCCUUUAACAACUAGCUCAUCAGGUGGUUUUAGUGGACUGGUUAGCAGGAGUCAGGAAACCUUGUGUCUGACCACAUUUUGGAGAAAAGAAAUUACGGAGGUCUCUAAUGACAGUUUUGAGAUGCUUCAACAUGAUCAUUGUGUAAAACUUCCUUUGAUGAAUUCCAAUAACAAGGACAGGGGAACAGAAAUUCAAGUCAGAAAUUCUGAACUCAGUGGAAGGAAUGAAUGUGAAAAAAGCCUUAUUGGUCCUGCUUCUCUAUCCAGGCCCCAAAUAAACCUUCCCAAAGACCUUGGCAGCCACAGCGAAAACACCAAGAAUGGAAGGGACGAACUGAUGUUGAAGUUACCAAAUGUUCCUCCUCAUGGUCCAAACCCUGCAUGCGUAGUUUCUACUCAAAUGGGUUGUGAGAGGAUUGAAGAAGGGGACACUGUGUUGUUCUGUUCUGAUAAAAUCCAAAUUACGAUUGAAGAUGAACAUCCUGAUGAGUCUCCUACUUCAGGGAACUCUAGCUGCAUUUCAGAUAAUGAUUCAAGUCCUGUAAGGACUAUGAAAUCCGGAAUUGAACCCUGUAAUUCAAGUCUUCCUGCAUCUGAUCAGUUUUCAGGAACCCAUGGAAGAUCUCAAGUUGCAGAAACUUUAUCAGGUGAGCAGGAUCAAAGAUCUUCUGACAGUAAUGAAAUAAAACAUGAGUGUUACAAUAACAGGGAAGAAUCAGCUGAAGUGGAUGAUUUGAUCCAAAUAGCAGCAGAGUCACUUAUCCAUAUCUCCUUGGAGAACUCUGUUUGCUAUCAGGAAUCUUCAACACGGACAGGGUCCAAUGAGUUAGAGAAUGAGGACAAGGAGCAGCCACAGUGUUCCGCUGAUUCUUUUGAGUUAAUGACUCUGAAACUGACAGAAAGCAGUGCUGAUGACUAUUCUAUAACAUCAAAGCCACUUGAAGUUGGUGACGCAGAUAGAAAAGAUUCUAGUAUCAAGUUGAGAAGAGGAAGGAGACUGAAGGAUUUUCAGAGGGACAUACUUCCUGGUCUCGCAUCUCUUUCUAGACACGAAAUUCGUGAAGAUAUAAACAUUCUUGAGGGAGUUUUAAGAUCAAGGGAGUACAGGAAAAUGAGAGCUAAGAUGGCUAACGGAGAGAGUUGGUGUACACCAGUGAGAGGCAGAAGGUCAAGACUCAAUUAUGUUGGAAGAAAAACUUUUAGAUGAUAUUUAAGUUGAAGUUUAAAGUUUAAUGUAUUGUGUAAUCCAAUAUCUUUUUAACUAAAAAUAAUCUGUAAACACAUUCAUUGACCUAGAGAUAUUUAACUAUGUUCUGAUAAUGAUUUGACCUAUCCAUUUUUAACCCUUUCUUCGGAGUUAUUUGGCUAUGUUCUGAAUUAUGAUUCAAUGAAGAAAUCAGUAGACUUCAUACGUU